ACAUCACCUUGGUUAGAAAUUUUGAUCUAAUAGCUACAAAGUCAUCGAGCUGUGCUGCGCUGCACUGGGCGAGAAUCAAGUCAAGAGAUCGCUAAUGCUUCAUUGAGGCCUAGGGUGAAUUAGCAGAGGAGAGACAAGAUGGUUGCUGUCCUACUGUACCGAAUAGUUAUAAUUGUUGCUGGAGCACUGUAUCCUGCUUAUUCCUCAUUCAAGGCUGUUCGCAGAAGGAGCCAUAAAGAAUAUACCAAAUGGAUGAUGUACUGGAUAGUGUUUGCCCUCUUUCAAUCCGCUGAGACUUUUCUGGACACCUUCAUAUCGUGGCUCCCUCUGUAUUAUGAGCUAAAGAUUUUAUUUGUGCUCUGGUUGGUUCUCCCUAUCACUGAGGGAUCCAAACAGCUGUACCGUAUUGUUGUUCAUCCCUACCUACUCAAAUAUGAGGAACAGAUUGACAAGCACCUCGCAAAGAUUGGCCAGUCCUCGUUCAGAGCUGUCCGACGGUUCUCACAGGCCGGAUUGAGCAAAGCAGCCACUACCGUUCUCUCUUCAGCUAUCAAGGGUCAAGCAGUGCUUGCAGAGACCCUGUUACGCACACAAGAGGAGGAGGCCACUCAGAAUGAAGGCACUGACCAGACUGACGGGAGAUCAAGCUCCUCCCCUCCACCACCACAGGCUCGUGUCUCCACCUCCUCAGCGGACCUUGAGCCUUUCGAAGUACUUGAUGAGGGAUCAGAAGAUGUGUACAUGAGUGUGCAGCAAGGUACUGGCUUUGAGCCCGUUGUAUUCAAAGAUUCAGCAGCUAAGAGCGGCAGCCUUCUAAGCAAUGGAGACCAGCUCGUUUCUGAUGAGACUGACAACAAGAAACAUUAUUAGACUCACAACAAGUACAUGUGAUGAUGAUUAUUAUUAUUGGUAGGUAUAUCCUAUCUGCUCUAAGUAUAACUUCUGCUGCAGUUGUUACUUAUCUCUUGUAUUUUGUUUGUUAACCUUCUCACUUAUGAUAUGCUGUGCACUUCUGUAUUAAUUUUUGUGACAACAUUACAUGACUGUACAUGAUUUUCAA